UCAUUUAUAUUGGCCAUUUGAGGGCAUAACAAGUUACCUGUAAAAUAUAGUUAUAGUUUUUUUGUUUGAGUGAUUUUUGAGUCUACUGAAGAAAAUGUGUGUAUGCAUGAAUUUUUUUCAUGGUUUAAAAUAAAAUGAUAUUUUAACAAAAAUGAUAGCUGUCUUAAAAUUAAUUUUCAAUUUUUUUGUUGGUAUUGUUACUUAACCACAUUAUCUGUGAGUAAAAUAAAUAUUUGCUUUGGCAGGAUUAAGUUUAGCUGUGUAAGGACAUGUUAAUAUGUUAAUUAUGUUAACAACUGGUUCACAAAGCAUUGUGAGCACAAUUUCUAUCUGUAAUACAAAUUUUAUUAUAACCGUAUUUAAGUAUUACAGUAUUUAAUUUUCUUUUGAAUUAAUUUUUGCCUUUAAAUAAGUGACCAGUGUUGCUUAUGGACAUGCACACUUGGCAGCUGUAAAGACGUUUAGAACAAAUUCUGUUGUAGAUUUAUGAGAAUCUAUAAUUAGGAUUGCUGUUGUCUCUUCAAGCUGCUAGUCACAGAUUGCUGAGUUAGAUACUUUUUUAACACUUGAACCAACCAGUAGGUGAAAAGUAUUCAAAUCCUAAAGUAGUUAGAAAUACCCCAGUGUAAAACAACCUUUUAAGAAGUAGAAGUCUUGCCUUCAGUUCAGUUCAGCAGUAAAAUGUAAAUAAGCAUCAGUAGUACUCAUUGUGAAGAAUAAUCCCUUUCAGAGUGUUAAAAUGACCGAUAUCUUCCUGUGUAUUUUAAGGUAGAUAGUUUGGGUUGUAUAAGUCUGACUAAUACUGUUGGGUUAUGUAAUUAUUUUUUAUAUUAUUUUGCAUGUAAAAUCUCAUUCUGCAAAGUAAGUAGUAACGAGAGCUGUCAGAUACUGUAAAUGUAAAACACAAUAUUUACCUCUAAAGAUGUUUUGGAGCUAUAGAAAUAUUCAAGAAAAGUACCAGAACCUCAAAAUUGUACUAAAAGAAAUUACUACAGGAGGUGAACUUUGUCACUUACCUAUGGACCCCAAUUCACUGAGCAGUUGUCUGCAAUGAGCAAGUUUCAGGAGCAUUUUUCCCAAAGAAGUAUUAUGUGGAGUUACCAAAACAAGCUAUUCCGGCUGAUGUUUUAAACCAAAUAAAAGCACGCAGAUUGCUUCCUCCAGGUAAAGAGAAGUUGUUGGCCAAACUAUUAAAUUUGACAUGCAUUCACUUGGCACUUACAUGCACCAAAGAUUGCUCCGUGAAUUGGCAAAAUAAAGGUCGGUUGGUCAGGACUUGUUGAACAGAACUUCUACAGUCUGCACCUCUGAAGGCUCAUUUAAGUAACCAGCAUUUAGAAUAGUAAGCUUCUCUAAAAAGCUAGUGUAUGUUUCAAUAACACCGUGAAAGUGGUGGGUGAACUUUAUGAUUAUCUUCGAUCACUGAUUUCUACAAAUAAUUGAAAUACACUAAUAAAUUAUCAUUUUAGAAUUGAGUCAUUUUUAACGAGCACCAGUCCUUGAAAUUUUCUUGAAGAUUAAAACUGCAGUUUUUUUUUUUAUAACCUGCAGACAAAAGUAUUUUUCUCAGAGCCUGAAGGCAGAUCCAAACAGAGAAACACAGAUACUAUGACUGCACGCACAGACAUAGACACAUUAUAUUUUAUCCUCCACGACACUUGCUUAGCAAGUGACCAUUCCGUUUCAUUUACUUGCUGUAAGUCAUGCUGGAUUAGAACAUUAACUAAAUGUAGAAAUGUAAUGAGGCAGGAGAUGCCUGCACAGAGCCAGACAGGACCUGGUGUGUGAAUGUUUUUGUGCCAUGUGGUCGUGUUGUUUAUUCUCACUCAGUUUGAAAAUGAAUGAUGACUCACACUAAUGUUCAGCAACACUGAUGGAAACAUUGAGAGUCUCAACAGCUUCACAUACAAAGUUUAGCCUGAAUAAACAAAGUUCUAAAUAAAGAAUGAAUUUAACUAAAGACAGACUGUUACAUAAAUAUUUUAAUUUCACUAUUUACACGCUAUUUAGAGAUAAUGGUGACAUGCAUGAGAUUGUACAAUACCAAAUAAUGCAAUCCUUAAGUCUCAGACCUUUUCUGUCCCAAUUAUCAAAAUGACUCUAAAGGGAAAAUUGAAAUAAGUGAAAGAAAAAGUUCUGUGCUUGACUCAAAAGUUGUCACUGUGGCUAAUGUUCUCAUUAACUGCACAGUCAUUUUAACCAACUGUUGUGCAGCCGUUAAUGGCUAUCGUGUUAAUGUACUCUAUGAUGGAGGAGACAGUGAAGAAAGACGAUAUUAGUUCGCUUAUGGAAACAGCAGUAACAGGGUCUUGCAAAAUUGAUUUAUAAUUGGAAAUAAGGUGCACAAAGUGGCAUAAAAUUGAUAAUUUCAUUACUCUAGUUUGGACUGAUGUUGUUAAAAAUAAGAGUACAUAGGCCACAGUAUAAACUUAUGUUUGUGCAUGACAAACAUACGAUACUGUAUGUUGCACAGAGAAAGGAGCAAAUUAAUCGGUAGCUGUUCAUGACUCCCUGGUAAGCAAGUGGCUGAGAAUAAAUCACUUAUCACACACAACUUCAGCUUCAAUCAUCUACUUAACGCCGACUGUCUUCUUUUAGUGUUCUAGUUUUGUAUUUGCGUAUGAAAACAAGCCUAAAGUAAAAUAAGUGAGCAUUUAAGUUCCUUGAUAUAAAUCUGUGUCCUGCAGCCAGGCUGGUACUUUGCUGCAGCCGUUGAGGGUAUUUAUGAGACUUCCAGAAAGCACAAACUGUAUCAGACAUGACUGCUAAAGGACUCUGAAAUUUAUCACCUGACCCUCAUCUGAGAGCAAUGCUCUGUUCUGGCUGAUGUGACUGAGUCAUUUACUGAAUAUUUUAAUCAGGCAUUUAAGAUUGGCCAUUUUCCAUACAGCACAUCCAUCAUUUCAGAAAUGUAAAUAAUGGAAAGUUCUUUAUCAAGUAAAACACCAGUGACUCUAACAGUUAAGUAUAUUUCCAUUUUUAUUACAUUGCUCUUCAAAUUUGUAUCAACCUGUUCUGUUAUAAUUUAACAGGAAAGUUUGGGAAUUACACUUUCUGCAAGUUAAAACAAGUCACUCUGGCAUACAACAAACAUCCAGAUAUUGUGUAUAGGCUAUAACAUGAGGCUGAAGGUUUUAAGUUCAUACAUUUCCUGCAGAAAGACUUUGCCAUAGCUCUGGAAUAGACUUCUCAUAUGACUGUCAUAGGAAACAAGAGCACCGAUCAACUGUCAAAUUUCAGUAGAGUGCUCUUCAAAGAAAAUAGUUGCCAUUAAAGUCGUCUUACCAUUUAAGGGCUGAAAGCUUUUUGUGCCCUCUAUCAACUGGAAUUGAAAAUGUAUGGGUUUGUGCGAUUUACUGCCCUUCCUUGAAUGAUUUGGUGUAAUUUGGAACUACAGCAUGUGCACUGGUUUUGGCCAAAAUGGUUUAGUUGUCUUGAGACUUCAUGUUAGUCAGUAGUGUUACACAUGUAGCUCUAAUGCCACUGUGCCACAUACAUGUGGAUUAGACACAUGAUGUAGAUGAAAUACAUUAUAAAUCUUAAAGUAAGGCAAAGCUAAAGGGGUUACAUUCAAACAUUUAUUCAUGAGUUUGAAUAUGAGAUGUUUGAAGACCUUUUUAUUGCAUUAUAUAAGGUACUAAUACACUAAAAAAACACCUCUUUACCAUUCUAUAUAACUAACAGUUGGAUUAUACACUUCAGAUUCUGUAUGCAUUAUUAAUGAAUGUUUUUCUGUUUCUUGAUGCAAAGUCCCUCUGAAUUACUCUAUAAACCAAAACAUAAUUUUUCCAAACAUCUGGGGCAUCCUGUCAUAUUUCAUCUUAAUGUGAGAACAAACAGGCCAUCAUCAGCCAUUUCAAGUUACGCAUCGUCUGUUUUAUUGAGACUUGUCAUGCUGUCGUGUCUCUUCAGUGGACUCAUUAAAUUAGUAAAAGUUUUUGACUAUCUGAAACGUGCUGUGAUCAAAUAUACUCUUUUCUACCCUUCAAACUUUUAAGACUACCUUCCUGUAUUAAGGAGAAAAUAACUGCACUGCAAAUUGACAUGAAUCAAUUAUGUGGGUCUGUGUGAGUUCAUGUUAAUUAAACUCAACACUUGCUGCUAAGGAACCAAUAAUGUUGUAAAAACACAAAUUGUGGUGAUGUAAUUCAAGAAUGUUUCAAUCUUUAAAGCACAUGAAUCUAAUGCUAUGAAAUAACAUAACCUGUGACACUUUUACCUGGUAUUUAAUGGUAAUCAGCAUGGUAUCAGUUUCAUUUGAUACCUUCCUUGUUUUGUUACAUUUUCAAUAAUAUCUCCAUUUGUUUCACUGCCUUGUGCUCAGGGAUUAUCAAACUAAUGAAGCAGUAGAUAUUUCUCAGGAGAACUCUGAAAGUGAAUGAAAUGACCCUCCCUCCCCACCAGACACACACUGUAUAAAACUCAGGCAAUGUUGGGAAUCUGACAGAGGUGCUUUGAACAACGUGGAAAUCCAACUACAGCAAGGUGUUAUAUUAAGUAAGCAAUAUUUUAUUUCUCACUUUUUAAAUGAAAGUCAAUGAGUAAUGUUGAAUCUGAUAGCUUUUAUGAUCUAUGGGAGUAUCGGUCAAAUAUGAUGCUUGUAUUUCAUUUUUUUUGCAUAACACAUUGUUGGAUAAUUACUUUUUAUUAUGCAGUUUUGCUAUUAAUUUUCCUUGUGAUCCAGGAUUCACUCCAGCGCUGUGAUGUCGCUGAGUAUUCUGGCACUCUGCCUGCUGGCUUGUGUUCACUCUGGCAUGAAUGCAUACCCAGCCAAGCCUGCCAGUCCCCGGGAAGGCGCGCCACCUGAGGAGCUUGCCAAAUACUAUUCUGCACUAAGACACUACAUCAACCUCAUUACAAGACAGAGGUAUGGGAAAAGAGCCAGUCCAGAUACUGUAUUUUCAGACGUGUUGGUGAGGGAGAGCACAGAGAGUAUUCCAGGAUCCAACUAUGUCAGGUAUGUGCUGCAAUAUUACAGUUUUAAGCUGCUUUUAAUACAUUUUCUGGAGCUGUUUUCUACAUUGAUGUCCCCUAGAUAUUUUGUAGUUUAUGCCAAUAGUAUACAAUAUACUGUACAGCAUGAUAAAAUAUGUACACUGAGAUAACAGAAACGUAUAAACACCUGUAUAAUCUAACACAAUCUGAAAAAGACAUUAAUGUCCAGAUUUUGAUCACAAAAAUGAGAUGUGUUGAUUCGAGUUUGUAGACAGAAGUGGUAUAAUUGAUUGGAUUGCAUUAUAGUGAGAUAAAAUAAUAUUCGGUCUUCCUCGUGUAUGUAUAUUUGGACAGGCAAACAUUAGAAACACCUUACACACUCCAACUUUCUUAUGUUUUAGGUAUGAUGAGCUGCCGAUGUGGUGAUGCCGCUGAAGCUGUCAUUACCAGGCUGACUUUACCACAAAGCUGCUGCCAUGUGUGUUACUACUGACUUGAAAUGAACCUGUGUUGCAUGGAAUAAAAUAUUGUGCCAUUCAAGUGCUUUUGUUCUGUUAUGUUAAACAGUGGUACACUGAAACAUUGUUUUUGAUGUGUACCUCUCUGGCUGACUUUGCAUGGCGACCACCAAGUAGUGCUACCUAGUGUGGAUACUACAGUCUAGUAAUGUACUGUGUCGUUAACUAAACAGCGCUCUCUACUGGCGAACAGACAUCUAAUCAUGAAAGGCUGUUUCAAGUGGAGCAAAUACCAUAUAGUUCAUGUGUACUGCUAUGUUUGGGUUGGGGGAGUAAAACAGAAAUUAAUUGUAAGUUGACUAAACCAGUUACAUUAAUUUCUCUUGUUAUAUCAAGCCUGCUGAGAUGUACCUGCACUCUGCCUGAAAACAGAUUAACAGUAAUCCUAUCAAGUGACCUGGAUACAUCAAAAGUGAAUCACGUAACACUGAUAAUUUGGUUAACUAACUGAUAAUUUGCUUAAUCCUGUAACUGUGCAAGCUGGCAACUCUUAUUCUCUAUAAAGCAGCUUCAGUGUGGCUGAAUGACCAGUUUUGGUGAAUGGGAUACUGCUUGAUGCUUUAUGGUGACCUGCUGAUGGGUGGCAUAAAUGAUAUUAUGUAUAGCCAGAUGUGGGUACAGUAUAUUACAGGCAACAUUAAUGGUACAAAGAUCUACAGUAUAUCUUUCUCAUGGGGUAAGUGUAUCCUUAAAGCUGAAUUCUUGGAUAUUUUGCUGCUGAUAUCAAAUAUGAAUUUUGCCAGAAGAAGUCAAAGUUAUUACAGGUACACUACACUCAAAUAGCUGUUGUAAAUUUUAAUUUGUGGUGGAUUUCAGUGGACAAUUUGUACAAUUAC